CAAACAAGAUCUGGGUAAUGCCCUACAGCAUCAUGGGAUACGGAGUGAGCCACGAGCUAGCUGAAGACCUUGAGCUUUAGUAAAUGGCUGAGUCAGAACUGAUCUGUAAGAAUGAAGAAGAGAUAGACAACUCAUAUGGAACGCUAUGAUAAAAUAAAACAGUCAAGAAUGGCUACUAAAAGGAAAUUACCAAAUUCUGACGAUAUUGAAAAUGUUACUGGAGAUGCUUCUAGACCAAAGAACCGUAUCGCUAGUAAGAAACACAAAUAUGCUGCUCAGGAUGUAGUUGUGGAAAAUGAAACUGUGUUCGUGCAGCUCCUUAAAAUGGCCGGGAUCAUUCUGAAGUCCGGAAAUAGAUCAAAUGAAAUGACUGUGGAUCAUUCUGUCGCUCAGAAAAAGCUUUAUCAAGGCUUGCGAAAGCACCCACGGUAUCCAAAUGUUAUUCAGGAGUUUGUGAGUGGACUGGAAGCUCACAUAGAAACCUCAGACAAGUUCAAGAAUUGUCUCCUACCCUGUGGACAUGGACAUGAUGCAGAUGCUGGUAAUCAUCUUAAUUCUUAUCGGGAAAGUCUCUUUAAGCUGCUGCUUGGAAUUGACACUUUACAGCCAGCUGUUCUGAACACGUUAUUUGAAAAGUUGCCUGAAUUCAUGUAUGAAAGUGUCAAUGAAGAUGGUAUCAACAUGCCUCGCCUCAUCAUUAGCCAGUUUAAAUGGUUGGAUAGAAUAGUUGAUGGUAAGGAUCUUACCAGUAAGUUAAUGCAGCUGAUUGCUGUGGCUCCCUUGGAGAUUCAGAGGGAUAUCAUCACCAGCUUGCCCGAGAUACUCGAGGAUGCACAGCACAAUGAUAUUGGAAAAGAACUCAACUCCCUUUUGCAGCAGAAUACACAACUGACAGUACCUAUUCUGGAUACUCUCUCAAGCUUGAAUCUUCACUCUCAGCUUUUGGCAGAGAUACGUCAGUCUGUUAUGUCCACUCUUUCUGCUGUAGAGCUUGAAGAUCUUCCAGUGGUUAUCAAGUUUAUUCUCCAAGCAGUGUCUGCAGCUGAUGCUGUGGAGGUAAUAUCAGAAAUGCGAAAGAAGUUGAAUUUGGAAUCAUGCAAACUACCUCAACAGAUCCAAGCAUCACAGAGCAGACAUAAGCUCAAGGGACAGCCCAGUUCUUCAGCUAAUCAAGCAAACAGCAACAAUGACUGUGUAGCACUUUUACUGGAUGUCAUAAAGUCUGCUGUGAGAUUUCAGAAGGCCACUUCAGAAGCUUGGAUUAAGGCAGUUGAAAAUCUAAACUCCGUAGUCGAGCAUAAGGUGAUGGACUUCUUGGUGCUACUGAUACUCCACACAACAAACACAAACAACAGUAAGAAGCAAGUGGAAAAAGUUCUGCGGAACAAAAUCCGAGUGGGCUUAAUUCAGGAGCAGCUCUUGCAGAAUGCCUUCAGAAACUAUUCCACAGUUUUACGAGAUUAUUUUCCAUCAAUCCUGUCCUUGGCACAAACCCUGCUACGGUCUGCAGACCAAAGUGCUGUCUCUUUUGGUAGUAUGAUGUAUAAACAUGCAUUUACAGCAUUUGAUUCCUACUGCAAGCAGGAAGUCAUCAGUGCACUAGUGACCCAUGUUUGUAGCGGACUGGCAGCUGAAGUUGAUAUUUCUCUUGAUGUGCUCAUUGAUCUUGUGAGUCAGUGUUCCUCUUCAGUGGCUUUGUAUGCAGUGUUCCUGAAAGGUAUCUUGGACUAUAUGGAAAAUCUGAGCCCACAGCAGAUCAGGAAAUUAUUUCACAUUCUUGGCAUGCUGGCAUAUUGUAAAGGGCAUGAAGGAAGUCACAUUCAGGACGACAUGCAUAUUGUAAUUCGGAAGCAACUCUCGAGCACCAUUUCCAAAUAUAAACGGAUUGGUAUUAUCGGUGCAGUUAUGAUGGUUAGCAGUAUGUCCAAAACGAGAGCUGAUGGUGACAAAGCCAUGGACAAGGACAGCUAUAGGCAGGUAACAGCACUUCUAGAUCUUGUUCAUAGUUGCAUUAAAAACUCACCUGAAGCUUCUGCCCUCUAUUAUGAUGAAAUGGCUAACGUGGUGUUGAAGGAUAACCUGGCUCCACAAAUAAUGGAACACAUUGGAAAACCUGUGCUGGAGAAUUUUCAGGAUGAUUAUGUUGUGGACUUGGUCCCUGUUGUAGACAGUAAUAAUUUGUUUCCAACAAAGGCCUUAUAUAACCUUGAUGAAGAAGAAGAGAGCCAAGGUGAAAUUGUCAUUAACCUGCUGCCACUUCUGUCACGAGACAUUCAUACUAAAGUAGGAGACGUGGCAGCUGCCAGUGAACAAAGUGGAAGGUCUGUUUCUCCAAUGUGCUUGGCACCAUUCUUCCGACUUCUCAGAUUGUGCGAGGAGAAGCAGCAUAAUGGUAACUUGGAGGAGAUCGAUGCCUUACUUGGUUGUCCAAUAUAUUUAGUUGAGCUGGAGUUGCUUGAAAAACUGGAACCUCUUGCAAAGCAGGAAAAAGAAUUUCUUUGUGAUCUUCUGUUUUAUGCCAUUAAUUGGUUUAGAGAGAUUGUGAAUGCAUUUUGUAAUCAGAAAGACCCAGAAAUGAAAGGGAAAGUACUUAUUCGACUGAAGAACAUUACAGAACUACAGCCUUUGUUGGAGAAAUGUCUUGCAGUAACCCCAGCAUAUGUUCCUCCUCUAGCCAGUUUUGAUUCUGAAGUUACAGAAGCCAUCCCAGCUAUGAAUCCUGCAGUCCAAACAAAAAAGGGAAAGAAAGAAUCUGGUGGAGGUAGGAAGAGAAAGUCUGAUGAAAGUAAGGAUUCUUCAGCUGACAAUACUCAAGUUGAUGAAAAUCAAGAUGGCGACAAUUCACAGAGUGAGAAGACACAGCAAGAGAAGGAGAAUGGUGACAAAGAGGAAGGGAAAACCUUAGUAAAUCUCUCAACCUACAGACCCUAUUUCAGAGAAUUAGAUUUGGAUGUGUUCACCAUACUGCAGUGUGGGCUUCUGACAAGAUCUGUCCUUGACACAGAAAUGCAUACAAAAGCCACAGAAAUAUUACAGCUUGGGCCUGCUGAAUUGGUUUUCCUUUUAGAUGACCUGUUCCGGAAAUUGGAAUACAUGCUAAUAUCAGCUACAAAGAGAAUACAUUUUCUAAAGGGAAAAGUAAGCAAAGACAUUGGCUUUUCACAUUUGCGUCUGAAAUCUCGGCAACAAGUUGCAGAAUCAGCAGUACAGCUCUUGAACUCACUGUGCAACCAUUUGGAGAAUGCUCACAAUUACUUUCAGGUGACAACAUCUGAAAACCAUGGUGUUGUAGAUGGACCAGGAGUUGACUUAAAAGAGUAUCAGCUAAUGUCUACAUCUUACCAGCUUUUGUUGCAAACACUACGUACACUAUUUGCCUGGAAUGGAUUUUCACAGCUUGAGUACCGCAAGUUGCUAAAGGGUGCAUUAGACGUUUUAGCAGGAAGACUGAAGGAGGGUGAUGCAGUGUUGUCACUGGAUGAACUGGUCAGACAGAGUUUCCAUUAUCUAAUGAACUUCCGCAGCAGUGUUCCAAAUAGUUGUUCCGCACUCAGCCUUACCCAGCUUCUCAUUGUCUUGGAGGAAAAGUCACCAGAUGCUCAGCAGAAGGAGAAAAUAGCAUCCCUGACAAGAAGCUUUCUUGGCCAAGCUUGGGUUUUACCUACUGGAGAGAAAGAACGUGGAAACAAGUACAAUGAAACAUUACAGAAUUUGUUAUGUAUUUACUUGGAAUAUACAAGUGAUGUGCUAAAGGCCAUAGAAGAUAUUGCUGGCGUUGGAAUACCAGAAUUGUUAAAUUCUGCAAAAGAUGGAUGCUCAACCACUUACCCAACACUGACAAGGCAGACUUUUUUGGUUUUCUAUCGUGUGAUGAUGACUGAACUUGAAAAAUCAGUUAAAGGCAUCCCUGCUGGAAAAUCAACAGAUGCAAGUGAGUUACAGAUAGAGAAACUCCUAAAAUGGAAUUUGGCAGUAAGAGUUUUCCAUAUCCUUAUGAGCCUUGUUAAGGUCUUCGACAGUCGACCAGUGCUUGGUGUUUGCCUAAAAUAUGGACGUCUCUUUCUGGAAACCUUCCUGAAGUUAGGAAUGCCUUUGCUGGAUUUCAGUUUUAAAAAACACAGGGAGGAUGUACAGAGCUUGCUGAAAACACUGCAGCUCAGCACGAGACAACUUCAUCACAUGUGUGGUCAUUCAAAGAUUCAUCAAGACACAGGCCUGACCAAUCAUGUCCCCCUUCUAAAGAAAGUCCUUGAGGUUUUUGUUUACCGUGUAAAAGCCAUGCUGACUAUGAACAACUGCCAGGAGGCAUUCUGGCUGGGCAACCUGAAGAACAGAGAUUUACAGGGUGAAGAAAUCUUAUCACAGUCUUCACAGCAAGAGAGUAAAGAUGAAGACUCAUCAGAACAUCAAGCAAGGGAAGCAGAAGAGGAAGAAGAAGAGGACAGGAGUGACACUGAAAACAAUGAUAAGGUUCAGGAUGAUGAAGAUGAAAAUGAGGAGGAUUCUGAUUAAGGCUGAGACCUUUCGAUAAACAGCAGAAAGUUCUGAGCUCAAAAAAUGCACUGUAUUCAUUUUGUAUUUUAUUUGUUCACAUUUUGUUUACUAGAUAAUGAUUUUUCUUGCUUGUAAUUCUGUGAGUGGGACAAUCUUUGUUUCACUUGUUCAUUGUUGGGGAGCAUGUAUGUUGUCACGUAUUUAUUCCUUCUUUUACUUUACAUACGCCAAGAUAUGUGAAGAGGUUGAGUUUCAGGGUAUUUGUCAUUUACACUGAACAGUGUAAUUAAUGUGACAUUUUGUAUAGUACAUACCAAAAAGCUUAUAGUAAAAUGUUCUGGAUCUGUAGAAGGUUUCAAGUACAAAUAUAGUGUCCUUCAGUUGCAUUAACUGUUGUGGUUCAAGAAAGGCCUGUAAACAAUAGUCCACUGUACUUCAGCUGCAUUUUUUUAUUACUGGCAGCGCAUACCUCUCAACUGUACAGAUUUUUGCAGAAUGUCCGGACUUUUGCCUCAUAUUUUGGUAAGUUUCUCAUAAAAUUGUGGUUUUCUGGAAAAUCAAUGGUAAGUCAUUGAGGGUUUAAUUCAGAAAAUAAAGACAGACAUUUGAGUUUCAGACUUCAUACUCUUCAGAAAAUU